AUGCGCAGUUAUAAGACUGCUGUUGUCAUAUUUUGCGAAAAAAACUUUGCAAUAUCAUUAAUUAAUCCAACCAUUAAACUUCCAAGUGGAAUUGAUAGUUUUGAAAAACUUCGUAAUGCACUUAAGGAGGAUUUUUCCUUUACGGUAUUCAAGAAUACAAAUAAAAGGAAAUUGCAAUUAUUAAAAUAUAUACCAGAUAGACAAGGUGGCGAAACUUCAGAAUUUUUUUCAAAUUUUCGUCAAUUAUGUUAUAAUGCUGAGAUUAAUGAUAUAGUAGAACAAAAGAAUUUUCUUUAUUUAUCACUUUCGAAAAAUCAUUUUUCAAGUGAGUCUUACAAGAAAAUGAAAAAUAUCAAUUCAACGAGUGAAUUAAUUGAAUUAUUUGGGAAAAUCGCAAUAGAUGAAUCAAAUUUAAUUAGAAAUGGAUCUAUUGCUCAAUUGGUAUUUGCGAAUACUUUGCUUGAUACUGAUGCUUUAUGGAACAUAAUUACGAGCGGUAAUGAACUAGCUUCAUACACCGAUACUAAUAUAUAUUUACGACACUAUAAUUCUAGUAACUUACUUGGAAUUAAAUAUAAUUAUUACAAAUCUCCAGUAACGGAGCACACAAAAGUAUGUUGCUCUUCAAAUUCAAAUGGUUUAUGGAAAUAUAAUUAUAGUAAAUUAGAAAAUUAUCAAGGUUAUUUGAAAUCAAAUGAUAUUAUUAACCUUAGUAGCCAUGAUUUUCAAUUUACUAUUAAUAACGAUACUUUUCAAGAAGUUGUCUGUCAUAAUGAAAGACUAGGAGGAAAUGAUGAGGUAGUAUAA